AUGCAGAAGGUCAUCCGGAGGACGGCUUUGGCAAGAAACCAGGCCCAGCGAAAGGCAGUUCGAGCCGCUAAAGAUGCUGAGCGUGAAGAAUUCAAAGACCACCUGAGACAGCGAUUCGCUUUGAACCGCAUAGAGCUCGAUAACAUCCGCGCUGAGAGGCAACGACGACGAGAAGACUGGCUCCGCGGACCUCUAGCACCUCAGCGUGAUGCCGGCUUUGAGGGCCAAUCAUUCGGUGCCCUGAGCCCCCAGGCAAUGAAUCCACCACCUAUCCCCAAGCACCUACGGAGGAAAUAUAUCAACAUUGCCGUGGGUGAUCGAGUGUGUAUCAUGAAGGGCCGGGAUAAGGGCAAGAUCAAUGAGGUUGUCCGUGUAGAUACAAGCAAUGAGACGGUUAACGUGAGGGAUCUUAACAUGAAUGAUGUGCAUCUCCCCAGUUGGAUCAACUCACAAUACGGAAACAAGGGCACUGUCAAUGCGAUGGCCUUGCCGAUUCCCAUCGAUGAUGUCCGCCUUGUCGUUGCCCUUGACGAUCCAGCUACUGGACAAACACGAGACGUCUUGGUUGAACAUGUUCACGGCGGAGAGCCAAUCCUUGAACGGGAACAUGGCACAGAAACCCCCAGACAUACCAGAUACAUUUCCGGCGAAAACAUCGAAAUCCCAUGGCCUCGCCGUGAACCUCCGGUUUUGAAUGACGAAGAGUGGGAUACGCUACGCAUGGAAGUUGAAACGCCGACUUGGACACCAUCGCUGCAUUAUGCGCCCUUUCCUCCCAGUGUUCUGGAUGAGCUCCGGAAUAAGUUCUCGAAAUACCGUACACGGCACGAUCCGGAAUGGGUUGAGGCGAAGAAGAUGGAAGAUUACAGAAAGGAGUACCUUCAAAGCAGGUCUUUGUUGACACCCAAAGGUGAGCUGAUAGCUAUGAUACGGGCCAAGAAGGAGGAACGUCUGAAUGCGAGAAGGGAUGCUGAUGGCAAUAUGCUCAUGGACGACCAAACGGCCGGAUUCAUUGAGAAUUUCUUGAAAGAGAAAGUGGCGAACAAAGCGUAA